AUCGCCGUCACGCUUCAAGAGAUAAGUAUCGAUUUUAUGUUCGAUUAAAAUCUGUGAUUAUGUGUUGUCUAUAUUACAUGCAAGUGAUCCUGGCUAUUUGCUUCCACUGUUUAUACCUGUUUUUCAUCAGCAUUACGGUAGGUUAUUUACAUCCUACCCCUUGGAUACGACCCUUCCUUUAAUCAUGAAUACGAGAUAUUUUUUGCACUGACUGACGCUUUUUUUUUUCUUUCUUGUAUCAUAUAUUAUUUCAACCAACAGUCAAACACAAAAAGAGGAUAUAUAGGAAAAAAAAAGAGAAACAAAAACUCCAAACCAAACAGAGAAACAGAGAAAUUCGUGCUGUCACGACAUUUAGACAAAGAAAUGCACGUUGGGGUGGUGGCUUCCCAUGGUCGGUUGGUUGGUCCUCUGUAUUUUUCAGUCUUAAACUUCAAAUAACCAACUCUCCCUUGUAAUCCAAGAGACUAAUUAGUUUCCAUUUCCUUUUUAAUACUCACACUUCUCUUUUCUCUCUUUCAUUCAUCAAAAUAAUUACAAUCUUUUCAAUCUUCUUUUUGCUCUGAUAAUAUUAUUCAAAUGAGGACUUUGUGCCCAAAUUUGGAUAGAGAAGAUGGGCUUGAAACUGUACUUGAAGUUCCUAUUCCUGAAGAAAUGUUUGUUGAUUCAUAUAAACAUAAGUCAUGGCAAAACAUGAAAUCUUGGAUCAAAUCUCAUAGUAUUAAUACUGAUCAUAAAUCAAUUCAUGCUUCGGUUUUUGGUGGUAGAAAUGCUGAGAUUCAACUCUUACUUGGUGUUGUUGCAGCUCCUUUGAUUCCUCAUCCUAUUCGUUGUGAUCACUCUGUCAAUAAAAAGAUCAAUGAUCAUCCCAUUGAGGCUUCAAUGGCAAAAUAUAUAGUGCAACAAUACAUAGCUGCGGCAGGAGGAGAACAUGCUCUGAAUUCCAUUGAUAGUAUGUACGCGAUGGGGAAGGUGAAGAUGGUGGCGUCCGAAUUUAUUGAAGGAGAUGGUCUAGGAUUGAACAAUGGUAAGGUGAUGAAAAUUAAGAGCGCGAAAAACGGGCAAGGUGAAAUGGGAGGAUUUGUAUUGUGGCAAAAAAGACCUGAUCUUUGGAGCAUAGAGUUAGUACUUUCAGGAUGUAAAAUUAGUGCUGGUAGUGAUGGUAAUGUGGCUUGGAGGCAAAGUCCAUGGCAUCAUUCUCAUGCGUCUCGUGGUCCUGCUCGGCCUCUUCGUCGUUCCUUACAGGGUCUUGAUCCAAAGUCUACUGCUGAUUUAUUCUUUAAUUCUAUUUGUGUUGGAGAAAAAGCUGUGAAUACUGAAGACUGCUUUAUAUUAAAGCUUGAAGUAGAUCCCUCAACACUAAAGGCAAGAAGCAGCAGCAAUGUAGAAAUUAUAAGACAUACUAUUUGGGGCUAUUUUAGCCAAAGAACGGGCCUUUUAAUCCAACUUGAAGAUAUUCAUCUUCUUAAACUAAAAUCCCCUAAAAAUGAUGUCUUUUGGGAAACAACAAUGGAAUCAUUUAUUCAAGAUUAUCGAACAAUCGAUGGUGUUAACAUUGCAUAUGCUGGUAAAACAUCUGUUUCUUUAUUCAGAUUCGGCGAAAAUUCAGAAGGUCAUACUAGGACUAGAAUGGAAGAAGUUUGGACAAUUGAAGAAGUUGAUUUUAAUAUAAAAGGACUUUCUUUGGAUUGUUUUUUGCCACCUAGUGAUUUGAAUAAAGAAGAUGAAGAUUGUGGGGUUGUUAUGAAUCAUAAUAUAACCAAGAAUUCAAGGUUGGAAUCCAGGAAUCAUGUCAAUUCUCCUAAAUUUGUGACCGGUGGUAAAGGUGCAGCCAAAAUUGUGGCUAUUGAUGAAAAUUCAGAAAACUAAUAUUGAGCCAAAUGAAGAUUUGUAAAUUUAGCACACUUAAAUUUUAAUAUUCUGUGGUUAUUUUUGUACAUAGAGAAUCACAGGAUAUGUUAUGUAUAAAGUGUUCAUAUAUACAUACACAUCUCAUCUCAGUAACUUUUACUGAAGGUUUGGUUUGAGAGACACAUAACUUUGUAUAUUGUAAAGAAUUUUAACGCUCAUUACUAUUUUAUAUGUGGUAGCAGAUUACUUGCUUUA